CCGGGAAGUGGUUUUUGUUGUCAAGUGCGUUUUGUUGUUUUUGCUCUCUCCAAUAAAUGCGAUUUCUCCGGCACUUUUCGAAGAUGUCUACUCCCGGAAUCUCAUCCCUGCGAUACAAAUAUCUCGAGCGAAAGGAGGCCUUCAAGGAGGACAGUCUGAAGAAGAAAGAACCCUUCUCGUUGUUCCACGAAUGGUUUCAGGAGGUUCUCAAUGAUAAACUGGUGGAGGAGCCCAAUGCCAUGUGCCUCUCCACGGUUGGGAAGGAUGGGCAACCAUCCUCGAGAUAUGUCCUGCUCAAGGGUUAUUCCGAUGCUGGGAUUACAUUUUUCACGAACUAUGAGAGUCGCAAGGCUCAGGAGAUGCUGAAUAAUCCAAAAGUUGCGCUGAAUAUGUACUGGUUUGCUCACAAGAGACAAAUCCGGGUGGAAGGGAUUGUUUCCAAGGUAAGUGAGAAGGAAUCUGAGGAUUACUUCCGGGAGCGUCCUGUUGAGAGCCAGAUGAGUGCAUCGAUCAGUCGGCAGAGUCAGAAGGUUCCUAGUAGGGAAUAUUUGGAUGAAUUGAUGGCGGGAGUCAGGAAGAAGACUGAGGCUGAAGGGAAGGUGCCAAUGCCCAAUUGGGGUGGGUAUUUGGUCAAGCCGCAUCUCUUUGAGUUCUGGCAGGGUCAAUCGAACAGACUCCACGACCGCAUUGUCUUCCGGCGAUAUCCGGGAGUGGAGAAGGAAGUCGAUGGGACUCUGACCAAGGAAGGGGACGACGGAUGGGUCUAUGAGCGAUUAGCUCCGUAAAUUGGGCAGAAAAUGGGGGGGAAAUCUCGUCUUCCAAAAAUUUCUAGUCUCAUUCCAAAAGGCAUUUGGCAGUAAAAGCUUGGUGAUAGAUCAUGUGAACGAGCAAAAGCAGCUGAUAAGGAUGAGAGGAAGAAAUCUAUUAAUAGACUUUGUAGACGGAGUAAUUCCACUUUUAGCGAGACAAUAAAACACUUUUGGAAAAUUGUUUGAAGAACAAAGUGUGGUAGAUUGUGUAUUUUAUUUCUCACAGAAGGAAUAUAAAAAAGAGGAAAAAAUGGAGAAAAAUAAAGAUUAUACAAAAGAAAAAAAUAUAUAUUAAUAAUUUCGGGAGAGAUCAAGAUGAUAAAUUAGCAUUAUAUGUUUCUUUCUCUACAAUCAGUUAAUCAUUUGAAUUAAUACAUAAAUUUAUAAGCUACCUUG